GCGAAAUAGUGCACAGGGCUGGAAGAAUAAUGCAUGGAUUUCCAGGAAAUUUGUCCAAGACCUUUGGCCUAGAUUCUAAAAUGAGGUCUUCCUUUGAAGGCGUAAGGACAAUGUUUCCGCUCAGAGCUCCUUUACGUGGUGAGAAGCGGUACUGCAGCUGCAGAGGGACAAACAAACCGUUAGUCAUUACUGUAUAACAGCGGGGCGGCCUGAAGGGUUUUUAAAUGAUGGACGGAUAGAGAGAGUAUUUUUGUAAUGAUUCCUAAAGUGAUACCAGCUUUGAUUGUUAUAUAUUACGUGAGACAUUUCAUCGGGACAUACACGUUGACGUACAGGAUACCUGUGAAUAUUUUAUUAACCUAUCUGUUAUUUAUCCUGUUUUUAAAUUAUAACGUUGUGGUGGUAUACCUUAUAUAGGCCAUCAUAUCUAAAUAGGCCUUCUCUUUAAAUGACGGAUUGACGAGAAAUUAUGAAACAAUCUGUUAGAAUUAGAUUGGAUUUGGGUACAAGAUGAGCGUGAUAUUACAAUUUUUUUAUUGUAAUAAACGCUCCAUUGCACAGAUUUAAACUUGCCGAUGGCAACGGCGCUAGUUAGGCGCGAUGAUUAUUUGCUGUUACAUUACAAUGCUGUAUUAUAGAGCAACAUUGAUUUAUAGAUUGGGAAAUACGGCCGUAUGAACGGCGUGCAGGAUAACGUCCACUAACAGGAUACUUAUAGGUAAAACCGUAAGGGAUGUUUACAGGGGGACACUGAGGAAAACCUCCAGUUCAGUCAGCCUCAGUGACUGGCAUCUGGGAAACUAGUGGGUCCAGUAAUAAACGAAGAACAUUGUGUAUGAGCACUUCAUGAAAGGAUGAAAAAUGGAUUCGUGCUAUCAUUUUCCGUUAUCCUUUGUUAUAACACUGCAAGUCCCUAGGUAGCUAACAGAUUUUUAUCAUUCUUAAUCGUAUGUAUGAAACGUUCUGUAGUUAGUGUGUCAUAUAAAUUGCAACAGACUGAUGUGGUAAUAUUUUAACCGCCUUGCGUUGCGGGUGUGAUGUAAAUCGCUUUGUUUUGAGCAUAUUUUAUACGCAUUACGGUAAAGACCGUAUUUCCUUGAGGCACCAGCCCCCGCUGCGGUAUUCGUGCGAAAAGUGUGUAAAAGGCGGUGCGCGAUGGUACCGAUGGUACCGUCGACGGCUCGGUCUGCGAUGGAAGUCUGCCCGGAGGUCUCCGCGAUGCCGUCGCCUCGGCAGCUUACUCAGAACCCGCUCAAGAAAAUUUGGAUGCCAUGCAAAAAUGGCCAUCCGGAAAGAACUAUUUCUCAAAGAAAAGUGUGUAUGACCAACUGCCCCACCCUCAUUGUUACGGUCGGCCUUCCAGCUCGAGGGAAAACCUACAUCUCCAAAAAGCUAACCCGCUACCUGAACUGGAUUGGUGUGCCCACCAAAGAGUUCAACGUCGGCCAGUACCGUCGAGAGUGUUUGAAGAUUUACAAAUCAUUUGAGUUCUUUCGGCCGGACAAUGAAGAAGGUUUAAGGAUAAGGAAGCAGUGUGCAUCAGCUGCUCUGGAAGAUGUCCGCCAUUAUCUAGGAGUCGAGGGUGGCCAGGUGGCGGUGUUUGAUGCCACCAAUACCACAAGGGAACGGAGAGAGACAAUUACAAAAUUUGCUGAGCAGAAUGGCUACAAGGUGUUCUUCGUGGAGUCUGUGUGUGAGGACCCUGAUAUCAUCGAACAGAACAUUGUGCAAGUGAAGCUGGGCAGUCCGGACUACACCAACUGCAAGACGGAGGAAGCCGUGGAGGAUUUUAUGAUGAGGAUCAAGUGCUACGAGAAUUCAUACCAGACGUUGGACGAGGUUCUGGACAGGGAGCUGUCCUACAUCAAAAUCAUAGACGUGGGCCGUCAGUACCUGGUGAACCGGGUGCUGGACCACAUCCAGAGCCGUAUCGUGUACUAUCUGAUGAACACUCACAUCACUCCACGCUCCAUCUACCUGUGUCGCCAUGGUGAGAGUGAUCUCAACGUCAAAGGCCGUAUUGGGGGAGAUUCUGGGCUGUCGUCAAGGGGCAAGGAGUUUGGGAAGCGCCUGAAGCAGUUCCUCCUGGAGCAGAACAUCAAGGAGCUGAAGGUGUGGACGAGCCAGAUGAAGAGGACCAUCCAGACCGCGGAGGCCCUGGGCGCGCCGUACGAGCAGUGGAAGGCGCUGAACGAGAUUGACGCGGGCGUGUGUGAGGAGUUGAUGUACGAGGAGAUCCAGGAGCACUUCCCGCUGGAAUUCGCCCUGAGGGACCAGGACAAGUACCGCUACCGUUACCCCAAGGGGGAGUCGUAUGAGGACCUGGUCCAGCGUCUCGAGCCGGUGAUCAUGGAGCUGGAGAGGCAGGAGAACGUGCUGGUCAUCUGUCACCAAGCUGUCAUGCGCUGUCUCUUGGCCUACUUCCUGGACAAUUCUGCAGAGAGGCUGCCUUACCUGAAAUGUCCGCUGCACACAGUAAUGAAGCUCACGCCCGUGGCUUAUGGCUGUAAAGUAGAGUCCAUCUUCCUCAAUGUGGACGCAGUGAAUACCCACAGAGACCGACCAGAGAAUGUUCACAUACAUCGUACCUCAGAAGAUGCAUUGCAGACGGUCCCACCCCACCUUUGACCUCCUGACAUCCUGGCCUGUUUGGAUGAAGUCGGACCUUUUUUCUCAGGGACAGAAACACACUUGAACCCUUCUUGCGUCCAGGCGUAGCCCUCGCCUAAGCCCCGAACAGUUGGGGUGAUUUUGUAUCAUCCUCCUCCAGUUGAACUCGGCCGUUGUCUUUCCUGAAGAGGGUCUUGUACACGUAGCUGGGUAUUCACAGUGCUGUGUGGUCGGUGUCAUUUUGUAGAUGCUUUACCGGGACCAUCGGUUGACUUUUUUUGAAUUUUUACAGUGGUUUCAAUUUUAGUGCUUGGAAGCGACGGCCGCAAGUCCAGUGUUUAGUGGGGUGUCUCACAGGAGUGGGGGGCUGUAAAUCUGAAUUAGCUUUUUUAUUGCACCCUCUGCAUAAACUAGGCAUGUUUGAAAGCAGUGAUGUCACUGGGAUAAGGAGGGACAGCCCAAUUCCCACCUGAUGGCUACGGAGACGACGGCAAACACUGACACAGGCAGUCAGAUCAGUCUGGAAUUGAGAUAAAAGAUGAACAGAAAGAGUUUCCGGUUUUGUGUGUUGCAAGGGUGAUGGACUGCUGGUCCCGGACAACAGGCGAUUGGGCGCCGUGCUAAUCAUCAUGAACGUUGGGUGUUUAGUGACUGCGUUCCUACUCAGAGGGGUUAUUGGGCUAACUGCUCCCACGUUCAAAACGGUGACAAGUCACUUCCUGUGAUUUGUACAUGUGGUUUUCUCCAGCGGUGCGAGAGAUGUGGAAUUUAGCCUUCAGUGUGUCUACAAUGCUCAAAAAUGAGAAGGAAAUGCACGCCUCACUUCUCUAUUUUGUCUCGAUGUCCUCAGAGGGCAAAGACGUAGCAUCCGUGCUGUCAGUGGUGUAGUGGUCUAAAGCCAUUUUAUUUUUGGGUGAACAGCUCUGCGGCGGUAAGGACAUUGGGGUUGCUUUAAAUAUUAUCUAGAUUUUGAAGGUGGUCAGCAUGUUGAUGUUGCAUUAAUAAUUGCAUUCAAUCUAAAGUCAUUAUCACUAUGUAAGAAUACGCCAAUAUUGUGAAUGGGCUAGACACUUCAUUUCUUACCGUAUUGAGACGAAGGGCCUAACAACUAAACAUAAUUUGUGGCACUUAAAUACCGAGAAUGUUAAUAUCUGUAUGGGCACAAAUUCUGAUGUCGAAUUUAAUGUCUUUACAUAAAACUUGCUAUGUCAAAUUUAAGCGAUGAAAUUUUAGAAUGAUCCAGAUUUUUGUACUGGGUUCUUCUCCAUUCUUAGCUACUCUACCAGAAAACUUCCUGCAGAUUCUUCUUGUAUGAGCAUUAAUUUUUGCUUUGAAAAGUUAUGGAUUUUAAUAAAAUACAGUUAUAGA